GCCGCUGCCACCACUGCCGCUGCCGCCAUGGCGCUCCUGCACAGCCGCCGGCUCCUCGCCGCCCCGCGCCUCGCCGCCGCCGCCUCCCGCGCCAGCUCAUGGUGGUCCCACGUGGAGAUGGGUCCCCCCGACCCCAUCCUGGGGGUGACAGAAGCUUACAAGCGUGACACCAACUCCAAGAAGAUGAACCUGGGCGUGGGGGCGUAUCGGGAUGACAACGGGAAGCCCUAUGUCCUGAACUGUGUUCGCAAGGCAGAGGCCAUGAUAGCAUCCAAGAAGAUGGAUAAGGAGUACCUGCCCAUCGGGGGACUGGCGGAUUUCACCCGGGCAUCUGCAGAACUGGCUCUGGGGGAAAACAGUGAGGCCUUCAAGAGCGGCCGGUAUGUUACUGUGCAGGGUAUUUCUGGGACUGGAUCUCUGCGAAUUGGAGCCAAUUUUUUGCAACGAUUCUUCAAAGCCAGCCGUGAUGUGUAUCUACCCAAACCAUCCUGGGGCAACCACACUCCCAUUUUCCGUGAUGCCGGCAUGCAGCUUCAGGCUUAUCGCUACUAUGACCCCAAGACGUGCAGCCUUGACUUCUCUGGAGCCAUGGAUGACAUUUCUAAAAUUCCAGAGAAGAGCAUCAUCCUCUUACAUGCUUGUGCUCACAACCCCACUGGGGUGGAUCCCCGGCAGGAGCAGUGGAAGGAGUUGGCAGCUACAGUGAAGAAACGAAACCUCCUCGUGUACUUUGACAUGGCCUACCAGGGCUUUGCCAGCGGGGACAUCAACCGGGAUGCCUGGGCUGUGCGGUAUUUCAUCGAGCAGGGCAUCAACAUCGUCCUGUCACAGUCCUUCGCCAAGAACAUGGGGCUGUACGGAGAGCGUGCAGGUGCCUUCACAGUGAUCUGCAGUGAUCCAGAUGAAGCCAAGAGGGUCGAGUCCCAGCUGAAGAUCCUCAUCCGCCCCAUGUAUUCCAACCCACCUGUGAACGGAGCCCGCAUUGCCUCCAUGAUCCUGAACACCCCUGACCUGCGGAAGGAAUGGCUCACAGAGGUGAAGGGCAUGGCUGACCGGAUCAUCAGCAUGAGGACUCAGCUGGUGUCCAACCUCAAGAAAGAGGGAUCCUCCCACAACUGGCAGCACAUCACUGACCAGAUUGGCAUGUUCUGCUUCACAGGGCUGAAGCCUGAGCAGGUGGAGCGGCUGAUCAAGGAGUUCUCAGUGUACAUGACAAAGGACGGACGCAUCUCUGUGGCGGGAGUUACGUCAGGCAACGUGGGUUACCUGGCCCAUGCCAUCCAUCAAGUCACAAAGUAAAGACAAAGGGGUGCCUGGAGCUGGUGGCUUUCCCUUCCUCACCAGUCGAAGAUGAGGAGGGAAAAGAAACAAGCAGAAUACUUCAACCACAGCACUUGAAGCCGCUGAUGAAUGUAUCUUGUAGAUGAGUUGUAGAAGCCUUGUCAAAUCCAUCCUGUGUUGUGGAGCAGGGACAUAAUUGCUGGCUCCUGCUCGUCACAGCCGUUCUUCCCUGCUGUCCAUCCUUUCUCCAUCAGCCCCGGCACCUAUCUAUGCUGGAGGAAGCAAAUGCUUAGCAAUGCCCUCCUACCAGUGUAGGCACCAAAGGCUUCUCUGCACACAUUUCUCCAUGAGAAGGCUUUGUGAGGCUUUUGGCUGCUGGCCCGAGCAGAAGCAGGCAGGGAGCUGGGUAGGCUGAGUUGGAGGGCUGCACUGGUGUGCUCCUCCAAGCUCCUCAGCCAGUCCCUGCUGCCAGCAGGCUCCAUCCUCCAUCAUCCCAGCCUGGGGCUGUGCAGCACCAAAGCUGUCCUCUGACAAACAGCUCUGAGGACUUCUCACUACCAAACUCUGCUCCGUCGUUGGCUUCGCUCUUUCCAUCUGGGACUCUCCUUUCAGGUGUAAUUCACAGUGGCAUCAGUGCGUGGGGCAGACCAGUGUCCCUCUUUUCAACCUGUCUCACUUUCAUACCUGGAGGUGAAACAAUUUCUCACCUUCCCC